GUGCGUGCGCCUCUGGAGAGAAGCUGCAGAGUGACAUUCACAUUUCUCACAUGGCAGAGUUGUGCGUUUCUUCUCGGUCCUCCUUUCUCCUCCACCGACCCCAAACCGGAAUUCUCCACAACCGCCUAAGCCCCCGAACCUCCACUUCUCUUUCUCUAAGUGGCGCCGGAGCUCCGCGUCUGCGAUUCAAGCCUUACUUUAAUCAAGCUCGCAGCUUGAAGCUUGGAGUGGUCUCCGAUCCUACAGCUCCCAGCUUAUUCACCGUUGAUUCCUGGACCAAGGGUAUCGUGAUCGAGCCCGAUAUCGGCGGCGGCGACGGAGGCGAAUUUGGCGGGAGAGGCGGCGGCGGAGGUGUUGGUGGAGGAGGAGGAGGUGAUAACAGUAGCGGUAGAGGCGAGGAGGGAGGUGAGGAUAGCAGCGAGAAAAAAGGGAUGUCGAUGUCUCAGAAGCUAACCCUAGCUUAUGCUGUGCUUGUUGGAGUGGGUGGCGUUAUGGGCUUUCUGAAGAGUGGCAGCAACAAGUCACCGUCAGCAUCCUGGCUCUAUCUUGCUUACAGUGUUCUUCCUAAAAGAACAGUUUCUGCAUCAUCCCUUGGGCUUGUUUUGGUCGUGCUUGUCUGUGUGUUUGUGAGCUGUUGUCAACAAGCCGCACAAGAUAUAGAAACAGGUGAUGGUGGACAAGCAACACAGCUGGGUAUGAGCAUAUACUACGAAAUAUCCAGAAGCAACAUAGAUGGUGACUGCUGCAUUUGCCUGGGGGAGUUUGAGGAAGGUCAUGAGCGCGCAGAGCUUCACAGGUGUAAGCAUACUUAUCACCGUGAAUGCAUUGAUCGGUGGUUACCUAAACCAUGUCCAAUUUGUCGACAAAGACCAGUAAUGUAACUCUGUAAGCCUGAUCGAUUAGAUUAUUAAACUUUCAGAGAUCGGUUCAAUUUUGCAUUGAUAUAAAAAUCAAUCUCGCUCAACGGAA